GGCCCGGCCCUGCAUAGCACGGCUCGACAGAGCAGCGCCAUGCCGCCCCGCCGCCUCCUGCUCCUCCUGCUCCUCGCCGUUCUCUGCCCGCCGGUCCCGGGCCGCGGGGAGCAGCGCGCUGCCCCGGGGAAGAUCGCCGUGAUCGGCGGCGGCAUCGGGGGGACGGCGGCCGCUUAUUUCCUGCGGCAGAAGUUCGGGAGGAGCGUGCGGAUCGAGUUGCUGGAGCGGGGGGAGGUGGGCGGCCGCUUGGCCACGGUGGAGAUGGAAGGGGCGAGCUACGAGGCGGGGGGAUCCGUGCUGCACCCCCUCAACCUGCACAUGAAGCACUUCGCCAAGGAACUGGGCCUCCCUGCUCUCCCUGUCCCUGGCAACCUCAUGGGCAUCUAUAACGGAGAGGAGUUCGUCUUCGAGGAGAGCAGCUGGUACAUCAUCAACAUCCUCAAGCUGCUGUGGCACUAUGGGUUCAGCCCCCUGCGGAUGAACAUGUGGGUGGAGGACAUCUUGGACAAGUUCAUGCGGAUCUAUCGCUACCAGACACACGACUACACCUUCAGCACUUACGAGCGCCUCUUCCACGCCCUUGGAGGGAACGACUUCACCCAGAUGUUUAACCAAACCAUCGAUGAAGCCAUGCAGAAAGCCAGCUUUUCCCAGAAGUUCAUAAAUGAGAUGGUCUGUCCGGCCAUGAGGGUCGAUUACGGGCAAGGUGUCAACAUCAAUGGUUUCGUAGGUGCCGUGUCUCUGGCAGGGGCAGGAUCAAGCCUUUGGUCAGUGAAAGGGGGAAACAAACUUGUCUGCACUGGUCUUAUUUACGCCUCGAAAGCAGAUGUUAUCGCUGGUACAGUUGUGUCUAUAGAGCCCAAAAUCAGGAAGAGAUCCACAGGGGACCCAGUUCACCUCUACCACAUCACCUACGACACGCCGUCAGGACAGACAGGGGACAUCUAUGACAUCGUUGUCAUUGCUGCUCCUCUGAACCGCAAAAUAGCCAACAUCACCUUCAAGAACUUCAGCCCUCCGGUCCCGGAGUUCUCCAGUCCUUACCAACAGACCGUGGCCACGUUUGUGCACGGCCGCUUAAACGCCUCCUUCUUCGGUUACCGGGACCCAUCCGCCUUUCAUCUGGGUGCCAUUUUCACUACAGAAAAUCCCAAACUGUUCAUCAACAGCGUGGGGAUCGUGUCUCCUGUGGAAAACAGAGGCAGCGAAGAGAAGCCACCCUUGCAGUCAGCAGUCUGGAAGAUAUUCUCAAAGGAAGAGCUCACAAAAGAGCAGAUGAACUUGCUUUUCUCCUCCUACGACUCCGUCAAGGUGAAGAAGUGGCUGGCGUACCCCCACUACAGCCCCCCAAAUAAAUUCCCACCUAUCAUCCUCCAUGACAACAUCUACUACCUGAAUGGCAUCGAAUGGGCUGCGAGUGCCAUGGAGAUGAGCUCCAUUGCAGCCAAAAACGCCGCGCUGCUCGCCUACCACCGCUGGUACGGCAACGCAGACAAGAUCGACCAGGAAGAUUUGUAUGAGAAACUGAAAACAGAGCUUUGAGCUGAGCACCACCACGGCCCCCAGAGAUACAGGUCGUGUGCUGAAGAACAAGUUCUGCAGCUGGGGGAAGGAGGAGAGAGAAGAACAGAAGCAGACCUGUGCAGGAGUUGCCAAAACAAGUGGAAAACAGGCAAAACACACAGAGCCUGUACUUCUCUUCCAUCAAGUUUGGGAAGCGUCAGCUGCUUGGAUGACCUAAAAACGACAGCAGGGCAGCAGUAGUUUGUAGCAGAUAAACUCUUCUGUCCCAUGACUGGAUCUAAUAUUGCUGAACCUCACCCACGUCUAACUAUGCAGUAAAUAGGAUGUUGCCAUUACAGACAGAAGUAAUGCACUGGUUUGAAUAUAAGCCAGAGGCGUUGCCUUGAACUGGUGCCUGUGUCACUCGCGUGGUGCUGUUUUGGUGCUGUCUCUCAGAGCUGCUGCUUGGUCCUCCAUCAACAGAGUUCUCCUGUACCAGCAAGAUGUGCUUGCUUAGCUCAAAUUCUCACUAACAAGCCUCCACUAGGCAUUGCCUCACACUUGCUGUGCUGGGAAAGAUGAACACACUUGAUUAAAGCUAAACUGCAGGACUUGCAGUGAGAUUAGCAACCUCACUGCUGGUCUGCGCGUGCUGGAACACGAUUCAGCUCUUAGAAGCUUGCUGGUGCCUUGGGGUCAGUGCUUUGUUCUGUCUGCUUCACCCCCUGGGCUGCUUGGAGGCAACCAAAAACACUUUUGCCUCAGCACAGAGGUGAAGAUCACCAUGAAGCUGCAGGCAAACACUUUAGCUGGAGAGAUAUUUCAGUCCCCUCCACUCUUUACAGAGCAAUGCCAGAAAUACAAGUGUCACAGCCUGUUAUUUAUGGGGGGGGAAAAGAUACAGGCAGUAACAUCUGAACAUCUGCUGGAAGAAAUGAAACUGCCUGG